GCGCUUUUCCUUAGUGAGUCUGCGUCGGGCAUGUAACGUCUCUUCCCAGGAAUUUUUCACUGACCCCAGGCAAAUACAAAUCCAGUAUACAAGGGAGCGGCUUAACCAGUCCCGUAAGUCUAACAGAGGAAAUCGGUGAAAAGAAGAAGUGGAAGGACACAUUCAAUACAGCAGUUUCUAGGCGUAUCGUGCGCGUAUAAUUCAUUAUAAAAACACAACACGCCAGAAAAUAAGCCGCCCAAGACGACGAUCGGCGCUGUUUUGCUUUUUUACAUAGUUGCAGCAUUUCUGUUGUUACUGAUUUAAAAAACGGAACUGAUUAUAAUCAUCUAAGCAUACUUGGGUCAAAUACAGGGGUUUGAACUUCGUGCUUAUUUCGUCCACUCCAGUAUGCAGUAGAGAGCCGGGGGGGCUCUGAGAAAAGGAGGCCACCGCGGGUCACAGUCAGGGACCACGAUGGCCCUUUUCAAGCUGGAGAACGUGGAGGACCUGUACGAGAUCGGGGAAGUGCUGGGCAGCGGGCACUUUGGGCAGGUCCGGGAGGUGCGGGAACGGGCCACGGGGACCCUCUGGGCGGGCAAGUUCCUGAAGCUGCGGAAGAACGCCAGCAGCCGGCUGGGGAUCGAGAGGAAGAGCGUGGAGAAGGAGGUGGAGAUCCUGCAGACCCUGCAGCAUGGCAACAUCAUGGCCAUCCGAGACGUGUUCGAGAGCAGAGCAGAGGUGGUGCUCAUUGUGGAGCUGAUUCGUGGUGGGGAGCUCUUUGACUUUGUGGCGGAGAAGGAGAACUUGACAGAGCGCGAGGCCAUAGAGUUCCUCGAGCAAAUCCUCCACGGCGUCCAGUACAUGCACAGCAAGCGCAUCGCCCACUUUGACUUAAAGCCGGAAAAUAUCAUGCUGUCGGAAAAGGCGGUGCCGCAUCCUAACAUUAAGGUUAUCGACUUUGGACUGGCGCACCACUUCGAACAAGGAGAGGAGUACAAGAGCAUAAGCGGCACCCCCCAGUACAUCGCUCCCGAGGUGAUCAAUUAUGAACCCCUGAGUGAGGCGACAGACAUGUGGAGCAUUGGAGUCAUCACCUACAUACUGUUGAGUGGUAUGUCCCCGUUCCAAGGGGAUACUGAUGGAGAGACGCUCAAAAACAUCGUAGACAUGACCUACGAAUUCGACGACUACCAUUUUAAACAAACCAGCGACAUGGCCAAAGACUUCAUCCAGAAGCUGCUGCGCAAGGAACAAAAUGAGAGAAUGACGGCGGAUGAGUGUCUGCUCCAUCCCUGGAUUAAGCCCUUAACACGAAAGCAGGCGGCCACCAGGAAUCGCUCCUCCAUCAACAUGAAAAACUUCAAGAGGUUCAACGCCAAGAGGAAAUGGAAGAUGUCCUACAACAUGGUGUCGGCAUGUAACCGAUUCUGUCGUCUUCAGUUACUGUGCAAGCCCAGUAUAAAAGUAGAUGAGGAGCUGAGACAGUGCGAAAGUGACCAGGAGGACACAGAAACCAAACCAGAGACCCUCCUCAGACGCCGACUCAGCAGCAGUUCUUAGUUGUCCCCACCAGGGGCGCCAGAGCGCCGACUCCCUCUCCUUGUGUGACGUCUCUAAUAGGGAAGGGAGUCACCAUGGAAUGCAAUCGUAUCUUCCUCUAAGAAAUGUAAGGUGUCAUUUUGUCUUCGGUACCAAUUUGUGGAAAUGAAAUAUUUUUAUAGGGAAUUUAACAUGAACUAGAAAUUGAAUUAGGGUCUGAAUUAUAUUUUUGCCGUAAUCAGCAAAGGCUGAAAGACCGGAAUAUGUAGAUGCAUGUGUCUGUGCAGGCCAUGCAGAGUUCAAGAAGCAUGAUACACGUCUACAGAAUUAACCUUCACCGAGACCUUCACUGCAUCCUGACACCCAUAGUUCUCCCAGUGAAACAGAUAAUUUGGUGUAAUUCAGUUCAUGCACUGUAAACAGAAUUAUUGUGGACUGUAUUUUUCUAACAUGUUUACUUGAUACAUUUUGUAUGAAAAGGUGAUGCUUACAUAGUGAUGUGUACAAUGUAAUUCUCUAAUGUCUCUAGUCAUUUUGAAUUAUAUUUUUAGUUUUUUUAUUGUAUAUGUAUGUAUAUCUUUUUUACCAGAAUGCUUCACGAUAGUAACAAAAUAAAGUAAAAUAACGCUGCUGUUAAA